UGGUCCAUAAACCACUGACCACCGCAGUAUGAAGACGCGUUUUCUUCUCGGCUGUACUAAUGAAGGGAUCAGUAAAUGCCUUUAGUUUGGAGGGAGGACUGAAUUGAGCUUUAUAUAAUGACUAAAGAUUAAGGACUAAGGAUUCCCUAUUUCACCUGCUCCUCUGGAUUAUUUCUGCACAAUCGCAACGGUGCGAGAGUUUUUUUUUCCGUAGGACCCGUAUUCAGUCUGACGGAUUUCUACCCUUUCUGACCAGAAAAGCAGCAACUAUGUCUCAAUCAAAUGGCUUCACUGUGAGUGACGAAGGGUGGGAGUCACACAAGAAAAUGAUGGUGGAGCCCCUGGCUAUCAGCGACUCAGAGGUGUUCUCUAUCAUAAAGAAUGAGAAGCACAAGCAGAUUUAUGGUCUGGAGCUAAUAGCAGCUGAGAACUUUACCAGCAGAGCUGUUCUUGAGGCUCUUGGCUCCUGUUUGACCAACAAGUACUCGAAAGGGUUUCCUGGCCAGAGCUACUACUACAAUGGUUUGGAGUAUAAUGAUGACCUGGAGACACUUUGUCAGAGGAGGGCACUGGAGGCCUUUGGUUUGGAUUCAGAGAAAUGGGGAGUCAACGUGCGUCCAUACUCAGGAUCCCCUGCUAACUUUGCUGUGUACACGGCUGUCGUGGAACCACGUGGUAGGAUCAUGGGCCUGGAUGUUCCUGAUGGGGGUCACCUGUCGCAUGGUUUCAUGACUAAUGAAAAAAAAAUUGCAGCAACAUCCAUCUUUUUUGAAACUAUGCCAUACAAGCUGAAUCCAGAAACCGGCUACAUUGACUAUGAUAAACUGCAAGAAAAUGCACGGCUGUUCCACCCCAAACUCAUCAUUGCAGGGACAAGCUGCUAUUCCCGUAACCUUGAGUACGACCGCUUGAAGCAGAUUGCCAAUGAGAAUGGGGCAUAUCUGAUGGGGGACAUGGCUCAUAUUUCUGGGUUAGUGGCUGCUGGGGUGGUGCCCUCACCCUUUGAACAUUGUGACAUUGUCACAACAACUACUCACAAAAGUUUGCGAGGCUGCCGUGGUGGACUUAUCUUUUAUCGGAAAGGAGUACGGAGUGUGGACGCCAAAGGAAAGGAGACUCUGUACAACUUGGAGUUUUUGAUCAACCAGGCUGUGUUUCCAGGGCUGCAGGGAGGACCACACAACAAUAAUAUUGCAGGUGUUGCUGUGGCUCUCAAACAAGCCAUGACACCAGAGUUCAAGGCUUACCAGCUGCAGGUUCUGGCUAACUGCAAAGCUCUGUCCAGCGCCCUCAUGGACCUCGGGUAUAAGAUUGUCACUGGUGGAUCUGAUAACCAUCUGAUCCUGCUGGACUUGCGCAAUAAAGGAGCUGAUGAAAGACUAGCUGAGAAGGUCUUGCAAGCCUGCGCUAUUUCUUGCAACAAGAGCACCUGCCUAGGUUUUAAGAGCGCUUCGCUUCCAAGUGGUCUGAAGUUAGGCUCUCCAGCUCUGACCUCCAGAGGUUUGAGAGAGGAGGACUUCAAGAAAGUGGCGCACUUCGUUCAUAGAGGUAUUGAGCUGGCGUUGGAAGUGCAGAGAAGUCUGGACCCCACGGCCACCCUGAAGGAGUUCAUCCAGGCGUUGGCUCAGGGAGAGAAGUUCCAGCAGCGGGUGGCAGAGGUCAGGGCAGAGGUGGAGGCUUUCUCCAGGCAGUUCCCCAUGCCUGGCCUUCCUGAGCUGUAGAGAACAGACUCUUACUGCUUACUGCUCAAAUCAAGAGGCUUGUUGACAUCUUGUUGACAAGUGGUGGUCAUUUAUGGUGUAAAACGAAAAUGCUUGUAGGCUACUCUUAAUUAACAAGAAGGAGAUCUGUGAUUUUCACUCAAUCAGCACUUUUAUUAGAUCCUACAGGAGAGUAAAUGUAACUGACUUUUUUCCCUUGUUGUCAAGUUGUACAGAGUGAUAAAGAGAAGUUUCUUUUGAAAUUUAAUUUAACAAUGCACCCCCUAAGGUCAUAAAGGAAACUGUUAUCUACAGAAUACAUGAAUACAGAAAAACCUGUAAAAUAAACCCAAGAAGUGCAUAAAAAAUGUAUGAAUAUAAGAAAGUGAAACUCAAAUAAAAUGAACUGGAUUUUAAAUGUAUAUAAAGAAAAACUCACCAAAUAUUUUUAUAAAGACAAUGACAUUUUUGCCCACAAAAAUAACAAUCAACCCACCACUAUAGAGAUGUGAAGUUCUACAAAAAAAA